AUGACAGCAGGUUGGGAGGGCCCGCUCAAGUGCAGCUCAAGUGCAGCUCAAGUGAGAGCGCCUGCUGGUACUGUGUGCUUCUCACAGCUCCAGGCCCAGGCCCUGCUGCCCUGCUGCAGACAACAAAGCCAUGGUCUCUGUGCCCUGAUCCUGCAGAAGCUCAUGGGGAGCUCCAGAUUGGCACCCUUGCUCCUGCCUCUCCUCCUGCCACACUGGACCAGCCGCUGUCUACUGGCCUCCUAUGUGUCCACCUGCCUCUGCCUCCUGAGUGCGGGGAUCAAAGGCGUGCACCACCACCGCCCAUCGCAGCCUCCCAAGGAAUGGCUUACACCUGUGUGUUACUGUGCCGACUUUCUAUUUGACACAGGAAGUUCCGCUCAGACUCCCUGCCCUACCCUCCUGGCCACAAAGCCCUGGCACUGGCCCUGCUGUUUGUGCCUGCGUCUGGUGUCACAUCCUUCAGGCCUUCAGUGGGGCUGGUUCCCUCUCUUGGUGAAGAAAUCUAAAAGUCCUCGUAAGUUUGAAUUCUACUGGAGGCGCCGGACACCAGCAUCCUCCCAGAGGAAGCUGCUAGGCAGCCUUUCCCCAUCUCUGGAAGGCCAUCGCAUUUCCAACCCCUUCCCAGCUAUCUCUCGCAAAGGACCACGCUCCAAAAGGACCCAGCCUUCAGAUGCAGAAGGCGUAGAGCAUCUUCCUGGAGCAGGUUCCCAAAAGCUUGGAGGACCUGAAUUCUCCUUUGAUUUGCUGCUCGAGGCACAGGCUAUUCGGGUGACUAUUCCUCCAGGCCCAGAGGCUAGUGUGCGUCUUUGUUACCAGUGGACACUGGAAUGUGAAGACAUGAGCAGUCCCUUUGAUACCCAGAAAAUUGUGCCUGGGGGCCACACUACAGACCUGCCCUAUGAAUUCCUCCUGCCCUGCAUGUGCAUAGAGGCCUCCUACCUGCAAGAGGACACGGUGAGGCGUAAAAAGUGUCCCUUCCAGAGCUGGCCUGAAACCUAUGGCUCGGACUUCUGGAAGUCAGUCCACUUCACUGACUACAGUCGGCACGAUCAGAUGGUCAUGGCUCUGACGCUCCGUUGCCCACUGAAACUGGAGGCCUCCCUCUGCCAGAGACAGGACCCACUCAUGCCCUGUGAAACCCUCCCUAAUGCCACAGCACAGGAAUCAGAAGGAUGGUAUGUCCUGGAGAAUGUGGACCUGCACCCCCAGCUCUGCUUUAAGUUUUCUUUUGAAAACAGCAGCCAUAUUGAAUGUCCCCACCAGAGCGGGUCUCUCCCGUCCUGGACUGUGAGCAUGACUACCCAGGGCCAGCAACUGACCCUGCACUUUUCCUCGGGGACGUAUGCUACCUUCAGCGCUGCCUGGAGUACCCCAGGCUUGGAGCUGGAUACCCUGAUGCCUACUGUGUAUAGCGUCAGCCAGACCCAGGGCUCAGUCCCAGCGACUUUAGAUCUCAUCAUUCCCUUCUUGAGGCCGGGGAGUUGCAUCCUGGUGUGGAGGUCAGAUGUCCAGUUUGCCUGGAAGCACCUUUUGUGUCCUGAUGUCUCCCAUAGGCACCUGGGGCUCUUGAUCCUGGCACUGCUGGGCCUCGCCACUCUCCUGGGCAUAGUUCUGAGCCUCCUCUGUCGGCGCAUGCUGCCUGGCCCAGGCCAAGCGCGGCCAAUUUUACUACUGCAUGCAGCCGACUCAGAGGCACAGCGGCGUCUGGUGGGAGCGUUGGCCGAACUGCUGCGGACCGCGCUGGGCGGCGGGCGCGACGUCAUCGUGGAUCUCUGGGAGGGGACGCAUGUGGCACGCAUUGGACCACUGCCGUGGCUCUGGGCGGCGCGGGAGCGCGUGGCGCGGGAGCAAGGCACGGUGCUGCUGCUGUGGAACUGUGCAGGCCCCAGCCCGGCCGGCAGCAGCGGCGACCCACACACCGCGUCCCUUCGCACCCUGCUCUGCGCUGCCCCAAGCCGGCUGCUGCUUGCCUACUUCAGUCGCCUCUGCGCCAAAGGCGACAUCCCCCGGCCUCUGCGCACUCUGCCACGCUACCGCCUGCUUCGUGACCUGCCGCGCCUGCUGAGGGCUCUGGAUGCUCGGCCUGCCACCCUAGCCACCAGCUGGAGUCACCUUGGGGCUAAGCGGUGCUUGAAAAACCGCCUGGAGCUGUGUCACCGGCUGGAACUCGCCGCCAAAGUUGACCACCAAGACUCAGCCGAUCAUCCCUGCCGUUCCAGUUGUCUGUAGCCUCAGCCUAUGGAGCAACAGCUGGAACUCCAGAAUGGGGCCUCAGGCUUGUACUCUUGGGGUGCUUCUUGCCCCCACCAAACUGUAAGACUCACCCUAGGCCCCAAACUUGGCCCAGCUUUCCUCUCACACAUGCUUCCUCUCAGAGUCCCUGGGAGAAAAUUGGGCUUUCUUGAUAGCUCCUCAGCCCUUCCCGAGGAGGAGGGGCCGCUUUUCCAUUUCUUUUUGGAAACUGCAAAGACAGCCACCUGCACCAUACAUUCUAGCCCAGGCUGGAGAGCUGGGCCAGGGUUGGGAAACAGGCUUUGUCUGUCAAGGUCUUGAAGGUGGUUCUGCUCAGCGGAGUUGAGAGAAACCCCUUGUAAGCAAGGGGUCGGUCACCCUUUCCCAGAGGGAGGCCCUCUCCAGAGGUAGUUUGAUUUUUUUUUUUU